AUGACACUGUACGUCCCGCUGUCGGGCACAGAUGUCUUGCCAUCAUCACCAGCAACGCUCAAGGCAACCAAAAAUCAUAAAAAACAGUUAGAACGAACAGCACAGACGAUCGCAAAGGCCAAGCGAAUUGUCGUUGUCUCCGGAGCCGGUGUGUCAGUGCAAGCUGGGAUCAGUGACUUCAGGAGCUCGACCGGUCUCUUCAAGCAGCUCAAAAAGGCGCACGCAAAAGACUAUCCAGCACUAUCUAGUGGGCGAGAGUUGUUUGAUGCCAGCACGGUAUUCCAUUCCGAGACGACCGCAUCGCUCUUUUACAAGAUGAUCGCCCGACUGUCUCAGCUGGCCUCGCAAGCCGAGCCGACACCGUUCCACCACCUGCUCAAGAGUCUCGACGAGCGAGGCCAGCUGCUUAGAUGUUAUACGCAAAACAUUGACUGCAUCGAGGAAAAGGCUGGCCUUUCGUUUGGCGUUCCAGAGCUUCUGACUACGCCGAGGAGAUCCCCCAAGAAGCCAAAGUCGAUGACUACGGCUGCAUCGUCGUCAUCAUCGUCCCUGCCCACCAAGCAACCGACAAACCACUCGCAAGACUCGAUUGUCGAAACUGCCACCACCACCUCGUCCCAAUCCCACUCUCUCGAACCAGACUCCCAAUCACAGUCGCAUUCUCCCUCGCCUGCUCCUGGAACGCCUGAUGUGAUCAAGGCAAUGGCAAAUGGCGGCGGCGGCAGAUCCACACCACCAGUGGGCGACACCACACCACGCUGUAUACCUCUGCAUGGGACGCUCAAGCUACUAAGGUGUCUGACGUGCGGCGCACAGCGUGAUUUGUCGUCUAUUGUGUCGACGUUUGAAGACGGGUCGAUUCCGUGGUGUGUGCAAUGUACCGAGUUUGAACACACGCGGCAACUGGUGGGCAAACGGCUGCGAGGGGUGGGUGUCAUGCGCCCUUCUGUUGUGUUAUACAAUGAAGACCAUCCAGAGGGCGAUCGAGUCGGGCUAGUGGUCAAAAAGGAUCUCACCGGUGGCCGCACAAAACGGGCACCUCCAGACUUGUUGGUCGUUGUUGGAACUAGUUUGAAGGUGCCUGGAACCAAGCGCAUCGUCAAAGAGUUUUCCAAGGCGGCGCGGAAUUUUCCGAUGCCGGCCAAGGAGUGGGAGUCGACAUUUGAUGUAUGGAUACAGGGGGAUUUGCAAGAGUUUGUGGGGCUUGUGAAUCGAGAAAGUGCGUCUGCGCCAUCCUCUUCGUCCUCGAUGCGACAGAGUGCAGGCGAAAAGCGGAAGCGUGACCCAGCCGAGGAGGGAGGCACAGAGGGCGAGCAACAGCAGCAACAGCAACAGCGUGCACGAGCAGGCCUCCGUCGCUUACGGAGCAUGUCGAUUAGCGGGCUGCUGUCGACGUCUCCUAUUCGGCCCACGACGCGUUCGGUGUCCUCGACCGCUCACACAUCUCGAGAGGAGAAUGAUGAUGUGGAGAUGGAAUUGGAUGAGGCGAUGGCCAAAACGAGCAUUACGCCACCCAGCAGCAACAAGCGUGGUCGAUGGGUGCCGGUGAUUGAAAAGACAAAGGGAAUGGGUUCUGAUUCUACGAGUGCAGCUUCUGUUGCUCCUACUGUUUCUCCCCUGCGUGCUCCGGAGUUUACCCCGUUUGCGAUGGCGGUUGUGCCCAAGGUAGAACCUUCGGAGAGGGAUGAAGCGAGCCUGGCGGUACGAAGAGAGUCUAUUCCUCUGAAUGCGAACAGACAGUGGCAACAGGGUCAAGGAGGGUCGCGGCCGACAUCGGGAGGACACGAUAGGAGCGC